AUGGCGUUUAUAUUGAAAUGGGUUAGAGGAAUGAUAUAUAAGGACGACAAAGAUAAUACCAAAGAAGCAACAGUAGUUAACAUACCAAAUGAAAAAGAUAUUUUACUCGAAGAAGCUUUUCAUGACUCAAUGAAAAAACUAUUAAACAUCUCACAAUUGGAAGGAGAUGAUUAUUUUGAUAAAUUGAAAAAGAUUACAUCAUUAAAUGAAUCCGAAAUUGAUCCAUCGGCAUUCAUUUCUUCUGGUGUUGUUCAAGUAUUAGUUGAAUAUUUGUUCAAAAAUGAACUUAAAGUUCGUUCUAAAGUUUUAUCAAUAUUAUCAGAUCUAUGUGUGUACAAAGAAAUAGCACAAGUUCUCGGCCAACCAGAAAUUGCUGAAUGUUUAAUUGAAAUUGCUACAAACAAAGAAAGACCAAAUAAAGAUGCCUAUAAUACAAUUUAUAUUUUACAACAUAUAAUAUCUUACAUAACUGAUGAUGAUAUUGUAGAUUCAUUUCCAGUUGAAGAAUUUUGUAAUUUUCCUCGUCCAUCGAUUGCAACUACAUAUUUCGCGAAUUUAUUGGCAUCACAUCCAAAUUCUAAGAAUUAUGAUAGGAUACUACUAUAUAUUAACAAGUAUUCAAUUUUCGAUCCAAUCGUAGUGCAUAAUAUACAUGAUUUCUUGAAAGUUAUCAUACCAAUAUAUCCUGAACGAAUAUAUUCUUUAGUCGAUCCUUGCACAGGUAAAUUCCCAGUAAGUUUUCUACAAGAUUAUCUUAAUUCUAUACCAUACUUUGAUUAUGAAGGAUAUUCCAACUUAUUUACCAUUCUUCAUGAACCAUUGGUCCAGCAAUUCAAUGAUCGCCCAGAAAUAUUCCGACUUCUUAUAAAAACAAAACAAAUUGAAAAUGCAUAUGACAUAUUCUUUGACGAAGAAAGUGAAGAAGAUUACAGACGCAAUUCUAUCAGAUUUAUUGAAGACUGUCUCAUCAACAACUGUUUACGUGGCCAUGCGCUGGAAUUCAUUAAUUAUGAUAUUUUCGAUAAAUUUAUUGACAGUAUUGAAAACUCCUCUAGUAAUAUCAAAUCAUCCUUGUUCAAUAUAAUAUUAUAUUGCCUUGAUUAUCAUGGCUUUGACUCAUUUGUUGAAGCCGUUCACAGAGGAAUUCUUAAAUUUAUUGAUGAUAUAAUCGGAACCAAUACGAAACUAGCAGUAACAUUCAUUGAAAACAUUUUGAAAAAUUAUACUGACUAUAAUCGCGAAGAACAAAUCAGAGAACACAUCGACAAUACAAAAAUUAUCAAUGAUUUGGAAGAUGCAUAUCAACAAUCUAAUAAUGAAGAAGAGUCAAAAAUUAUAGAUGAAUUCUUAAAUAAAUAUAAACAAUCUAGUUGUUCUUCGAAUGACUCGCCUCCUUCCAACAAUUUCGACUUGCAUUGUGUGCAUUACGUAAAUGAUUUAGUCUCUUUUUAA